GUGUUGACGCUGUCAAAUUCAGUUCGCUUUCUGAACUCCUCGUGUAGUGUGGUGUGUAGGUUUUAGUAUAAUUUUUUGUACCGUUUGACCUAAUAAAAUAGAAAACUAUGGCAAAUCUCCGUCAAACCCCCUUAACCUGUAGCGGCCACACUCGCCCCGUCGUUCACUUGGACUUCAGUUCGGUGACAAAAUACGGUUAUUUCCUAAUUUCGGCAUGCAAAGACGGCAAGCCCAUGCUGCGCCAGGGGGACACCGGCGACUGGAUCGGCACCUUCGAGGGCCACAAGGGGGCGGUUUGGGGCGUCGCGCUCAACAAGGACGCCACCAAGGCCGCCAGCGGCGCCGCCGACUUCACAGGCAAAGUGUGGGACGCCAACUCGGGCGAGGAACUCCACUCCUUCCAGCAUAAACAUAUCGUUAAAAGUGUCAACUUUUCCAAAGACAGUGCCUUGUUGGCAACGGGAAGCAACGAGAAACUCGUCAGAAUAUUCGAUUUGAAUAAACCUGAAGCGAAACCUGAGGAGUUUACGGGGCACACUUCCGGGAUAAGACACGUGAUUUUUUUCAGGAACGACACGCAUCUGGUCUCGUGUGCUGAUGACAAGACUCUGAGAGUCUGGGAUAGGAGUUCCGGAAAAGAAGUCCAAAAAAUCGACUUUCCAUCUAUUCCAAACAGCCUUGAAGUGUCACGAGACGGCACUGUCCUCACAGUAACUCACUCAAAUCACGUCACAUUCCUCGAUUCCGAAUCUCUAAACAAAAUUAGAGAAUUUUCCGUUCCUACGACAGUCAAUUCAGCGUCCUUGCAUCCCGAUAAAACGAUUUUUGUCGCCGGAGGCGACGAUUUAAAGGUCUACAAAUUCGAUUACACGACUGGAAACGAAAUUGAAUCGUUUAAAGGCCACUUUGGCCCCGUCCACUGUGUCAAAUUCUCCCCCGACGGUGAACUAUAUGCUUCCGGGUCCGAGGACGGUACUUUACGACUAUGGCAAACCACAAUUGGUAAAACUUAUGGUCUUUGGAAAUGCGUUGAUGGGCCCCAGAUGAAUAACGACUCAAUUUCUUCACCGAAAGAAGUACCCGCGAUUUAGUUUGACGAAAUUUGUUUCCUCCUUUCUCAAAUCCAAGUAAAUCGUAGUUCUUUCACGAUUAGGUGAAAAGAAGACGAAAAACUGUUCUCAAUGACUUGCAAAGUGCUUUAUUUAUAUUACAUUGUUUUUCUUUGAAUAUUUAAUAAAAAAUGCGAGAUA